AUGGCCGAAGAGCCCAUCAAGGCAGCUGGCGAGGCAUCGCUGGGCGAGGACAGUGGAAGUCAGAAAGCGGCCUCAUCAUCCUCGCCAGACGAAGCGAAGCAGAUAGGGAUACCAGUCCGUACCAAGGAGUCGCUCAACGAGUUGAUGAUCGAGCGCUACACGCAACGUGAUCAGCUGGCAGCUGCUGCACUGAGCGAUCAUUUGGAGAAGACCAAGGAAUACAUGAAUGAUUUGCGCUUGACCGUACAAGACUACAAAGCACUUCGCACCGAAUACCGACCCUACUUCCCGCCAGCAAAACUUUUCGGAGAAGGCUACAAUGGCUACGGCAACGGCUACACCGAAUUUCAGCAUCCGAGAAUUGUCUACCCAAGCCAGAAGCCCCGCAAAGGUGGCGCGAAGCAGACGCCAGCCCUAAAAUACAAGCGCAAGGACAUGCUGAAGCAGGCCGAGCAGCAUGAGGAGCUUGUUCCGAUACGGUUGGAGGUGGAGUGGGACAAGGUGCGAUUACGAGACACCUUUACCUGGAAUCUGCACGACCGAUUGAUCCACGUGGAGCUGUUUGCGUCGCAGUUGGUGGAAGACAUGGGCCUCAAACCGCCGGCGCUCCAACCAGUCUAUGAGCAGGUUGUCCAGCAAAUGCGUGAGCAGCUCAACGACUUCUACCCCCUUGUGUACUCGGAGGAGGACGCCCUUGACCCGGAGUUACCGUAUUCGGCCUACAAGAAUGAUGAGAUGCGCAUACUCAUCAAGCUGAACAUCACGAUCGGCCAGCAUACCCUCGUGGACCAAUUUGAAUGGGACAUCAACAACCCCCAUAACUCGCCAGAGGAAUUCGCUGCUGCCAUGACCCGAGAUCUCGCCCUGAGUGGUGAGUUCACCACAGCCAUUGCGCACUGCAUCCACGAGCAAUCCCAAUUGUUUGUACGGAGCCUCUACAGUGUAGGGCAUCCCUUUGAUGGGAGGCCUGUGGAAGAUCCGGACCUGGUCAACGCUUUCCUCCAAACGCCUUUACCACAGAUAUUCCGCCCAAUGCAACAAGCCAAAGACUAUGCACCGUACCUUUACGAACUUACCGACGCCGACCUGGACCGAAACGAGACGAUUCUCUCCCGCGAACAGAGGCGCCAAAAGCGCUCUAUCAACCGGCGAGGCGGCCCUCAACUGCCAGAUCUUAAGGAGAGACAAAGGACUAUUCGCACCAUGGUUGUUUCGCAGACAUUACCCGGCGGCGCCCCCAAUGUUGAGGAGAGCAGAUUGUACAAGUCAGCGGCACGGACAAAGAAACGAUAUCCACGUGAUGGAGAGAUAUCCGAUUCGGAAGAAAGCGACGACUCGGCACCUGAAUCGCCAGCACCGACAUCGUUCCUGGCGCAGGGCACGGCUCGUACCAGAGGUAUGCGCGGCGCUGCUUCUGCAGCCGCCCAGCGGAUGGCCAACCUGGGUCGUUCCGAAACACCGGACGCCGGGAGCAUUGCGCACCAUCACGAGACGCGUACCUCACGCCGCUUCAGGGAGGAGACGGAGGAGCCAGCACACUUGUGGGUCACGGUCAAGUUCAACAACCGGCCGAGGUUUCAGCGCGUCCUGCGCGGCGACUAUCGUGACUUGAAGGCGCCGUCAGAACACCAGACACCUGUCCCGCCCCCGAUGCAUACGAGAGCGCCCAGCACGUCGAGCAACUCGAGAUCCAUGCCGCCACCCUCAACACCCACCUCGGCGACGCCUCAACCGUCGACGCCAGCGUACUCUUUCCCGCAAGGUCAGAUUGGCCGCAUUCCCGCUCCGCCCGUGGCGCAAGGCCAGCCUCAACCACCAGCGCCGCCACCGCCAGAGUGGCUCGUCAAAGCUCUAAAGGACCUCCAAAAGGAUUAUCCAGACGACCUCUUUGAAGCUGUCAUGAAGUACUCCUACCUAGAUCCCAUAACCGAGGUGCCUCUGCCGGCAGGACCGCACCCUCCAGGCGUCAAGUAUGCCUGGCUUCCCCGCAUCCGUUGCAAGGACUGUCCGAGCAAGCUGUACACGCCUGGUCCGGACCAGACGGCGCAGAAGUUCGAGGCGCAUCUGAAGUUUUCGAGCCACAGAGCUCUGGUCAAACAACGCAUAGAGGGAUAG